UAAAUCUCUUUUUUCUUUUUUCCUUUCAGGUUCACGUUGGAGUUGAUACUGUAGCAGACUUCAGCUAUGCAGACGAUUAAGUGUGUAGUUGUGGGUGAUGGUGCUGUUGGUAAAACCUGUCUCUUAAUUUCUUACACAACAAAUAAAUUUCCAUCGGAAUACGUACCAACGGUUUUUGAUAACUAUGCUGUAACGGUGAUGAUUGGAGGAGAGCCUUACACUCUAGGCCUCUUUGAUACUGCAGGUCAGGAAGAUUAUGAUAGAUUACGACCCCUCAGCUAUCCACAGACAGAUGUAUUUCUGGUCUGUUUUUCAGUGGUAUCUCCUUCUUCAUUUGAAAAUGUGAAAGAAAAGUGGGUACCUGAAAUUACUCACCAUUGUCCAAAGACUCCUUUCCUGCUUGUCGGGACCCAAAUUGAUCUAAGAGAUGAUCCCUCAACAAUUGAAAAACUUGCCAAGAACAAGCAGAAGCCCAUAACUCCAGAGACAGCCGAAAAACUGGCCCGGGACCUGAAGGCUGUUAAAUACGUGGAGUGCUCUGCGCUUACGCAGAGAGGUCUGAAGAAUGUGUUUGAUGAGGCUAUCCUAGCUGCCCUCGAGCCUCCGGAAACUCAGCCCAAAAGGAAGUGCUGUAUAUUCUAAACUUUCUCCUUCCCCUCUUGCUGCUGCUUCCUCUGUCCCACUACUGUAGAAACCUGGUUAAAAACGAAUAAAGCCACCUCUAUUGAAAGCUGUUGUCUGCUUACCAUUUUAGAGCAACUCUGUAUUAGCUCUUGGACUGAUGACAGUACUUAAAAUCUUUAGUAAAACAUUGUGACCAUGGAACGUGAACUGGACUCGCUUAACUCUCUGCUGCUUGGGUUGCCAGAUGUGGGUAGCUUUAUAAUUCAGGCUGUUGGGGGAAAGGAUCUGAUUACAUCAUUCCUCUCUAAGAAAAAGAUUGAAAGAAUAAGACAUGAUGUUUGAUCUUCCUGAAUCCAGCUGGAAGAAGCGUUGUGUGUUUUCAAUUUCUACUUGUGACUCUUGUUAAAUGUAAUUGCAUGACAAAAGUACAUGGAACGGUGAUCUGCAAGUGAUGCUGUAAUGUGAAGGAAUUUCUGGUUCUCCUUUGUGCAGUGAGAUGUUUUGUUGCAAUUGCUUUGGCUGUCUGUGCUGUAGUGGAGUAUUUGUAAGUCCUUGGGAAGGAAAUAUCAAUGUAUUUGCUACUGCUUGAUGAACUGUUAAAACUCUCUUGCUUUCACUAACACGAUAGAACAUUUCAGUAAUAGAUUCUUAAAGCCUGUUACUGUAAGAUGUAAAGCUGCUUCUUACUCUUGCGCUUCUGAUUUUUAUUGUUUUAAGGAGAAUAACAUCAAUUGUAGUUUCUUUAAAUUUUGAAAUUAAAAACUGCGGUUGUUUGUAUAAAUGACUGAUGAAGCUUUAUUCUGAUUUGCUCUCCCUGGCUUCAGUUUAACACCUGUGCAGUGUCCCUGCUUUGUACUCCUCCCAUUUUGACUCUGAUACCAUGCACAGCUUCUGGGCUCUACCUGCCUGCUUCUAACCACGGGGUGUGUGGGGCCAGAGUCCUGCCCUGAGCGUGUCCUGGACCAGUUUGAUCAUUGCAUGCUUGCCUUGUCUCCUCUUCUCCCCUCGACACGCGGGUGUCCGCCCUGCUGUGCUCGGCGUGCUCCAGUAGAGCUCUUCCAUUCGAAUGCAGCACUUCCUGCUUUGUUGUUAGCAUGUCAGAUGUGUCACUGCCCAACUAAUCAUAAAAACUGCCUUAAGGAAAUGACUUCGGUACGUGUAUUUGCUUCUUGUGGAGUGUACUGCUCUGUUUUCCAAGCCCUGUGCUCGUGUUCAGCAGAUCAGCUGCUGUGAUAAGGAACCGCUGCCGGCAGCAGUGCAGCUGGGGCGGACCCUUGCUGAGCAAAGGAGACGGGGGGGUCUGGGUGUCAGAUUGGGAUCCUUCACUGGAGGGGUUUGUCUGCCACC